AUGUCGGGCGAAGCGGAAGGCUUAUGGACGGGUGAAAUAGAAACGAGUUUUCAAGAAGCUCUUGCCAUCUACCCGCCAUGCGGAAGACAAAAGAUCAUGUUAUCAACAAAAGAUAAGAUGUAUGGUCGCAACGAACUUAUAGCACGUUAUAUACUCAUGAAAACGGGCAAAGUUCGCACUCGAAAACAAGUUGCAAGCCACAUUCAAGUUCUGGCUCGAAAAAAGAUCCGCCAAUUUCAGACCAGAAUUAAAGAGAAGACAUACAUCAAUGACGGUCUACAGGAGAUGAUGACCAUGUCCUCUGCUGAGAUCUUGUCUCCUGUUGUUCACCACGCUGGAGAUAAUUACGAAACCUCUGAUAUUCCCCUGGGCCCACCGCCAGCCCUUUUACAGUGUUAUGCAUCUACAGGUCUAAGCCAGCACGGACAAGUUAUGGGUGAGAUCCCGCCGCCGCCGCGUUCACGCACUCCACCGAAGCUCCAGUUUCCCACCCUGGGAGGAGAGCACCAAGGGAUGUCAGAGUUUACUCCACCCCGUACGCCUCCUAAAAUGGAGCCGGCAAACUUCCACGAAAACGCUUUGCAAAGCAGUUUAACUUGGGAAGUACCGGAUAUAACCCAAGAACUGAACUACAGAGAUCAAGCUGAAGAUUUUCCUACGCGGUAUGACAUCCAGUCCGCCAAUGAAAGCGCUUGGCGCACAGCUAUCCAGGAAGUAAACUACAGCUCGAGAUGUAAAGACGAGCCAGUGAUUUCGACGUGCGCUCUUGGCGUUUCGGCUUCUUCCUUGCCCGAGACUCCAACCUUUGACGACUACCUUGUUUACGAUGCGGAUCAAACAUGUCCCUCGAUCGAUUUCUCGGGCAUGUGA